AUGGCAAUUCCGGUGACGAGAAUAAUAGUUCCUCACUCACGACCAUCGCCUCGUCUCUCUCAUCCGAAACUUCCAAACUCCGGUCGCGUUGAUUUCCUCUGUCGCUGUGCUCCAUCAGAACUCCAACCACUUCGGCCUGAGCUUUCUCUGUCUGUCGGAAUUCACGCUAUCCCUCAUCCAGAUAAGGUAGAGAAAGGUGGGGAAGAUGCUCUGUUUGUAAGUAGCUAUAGAGGAGGAGUCAUAGCUGUUGCAGAUGGUGUCUCCGGUUGGGCUGAACAAGAUGUUGAUCCUUCUUUAUUCUCCAAAGAACUCAUGGCUAAUGCUUCCCGUCUCGUUGAUGACGAAGAGGUCAGAUAUGAUCCUGGUUUCCUCAUUGACAAAGCUCAUACUUCUACUUCUUCCAGAGGCUCUGCUACAAUUAUUGUAGCCAUGCUUGAGGAAAUGGGUAUACUUAAAAUAGGCAAUGUUGGAGACUGUGGACUUAAGCUUCUUCGACAAGGUCAGAUCAUUUUUUCAACGACUCCUCAAGAGCACUAUUUUGACUGUCCAUACCAACUAAGCUCUGAAGGGUCUGCCCAAACAUAUCUUGAUGCAUCGUUUAACAUAGUGGAAGUAAAGAAGGGAGACGUGAUUGUGAUGGGUUCAGAUGGGCUUUUUGAUAACGUAUUUGAUCAUGAGAUUGUUUCAAUAGUGACCAAGCAUACAGAUGUGGCAGAAUCAUCGAGGUUAUUAGCUCAAGUGGCGAGUAGCCAUUCAAGAGACCCAACCUUUGAGUCUCCAUAUGCAUUAGAAGCAAGAGCCAAGGGGUUUGAUGUUCCUCUCUGGAAGAAGGCAUUAGGAAUGAAGCUUACAGGAGGGAAGCUUGAUGAUGUCACUGUGAUCAUUGCCAAAGUUAUUAGUUCUUGA